UAAGCUGCGCCUCCCCGAGACCCCCUCGCAGGUGGAGGGACCCGGGUCGAGCCCGGGCGCUCUGUUAGCCAGAGGCAGGCGGAGGAGACCGGGUCGGCCGGGGCGAGCCGCCGAAGAGUAGCGGAGCCCGCCCUGCACGCCCGGGAGAGAAGUGGGAGGGAGGCAGAGUUACGUGAGGCAGCGCGGAGUAAGUGAGCUUGGGUCCGACUCGAGGUCGGGCUCAGGACCGAGACUGGUGGGCCAGGCCUCCGAGCCGGCGUUACACCCGCUCCGAGGAGCACUGAGCGGACACAUGGCCUCGCCAUUCCUGCCCGCGGGGGCCACCACGGGCGACAGCGGCGGAGAGCUGAGCUCGGGGGACGACUCCGGUGAUGUGGAAUCCCUCCAGAGCCCCGAGACCGAGACGUCCGGGAGCCUGACCGAGCUCUUUGAGAAGGCUGCAGCGCACCUCCAAGGCCUGGUUCAAGUGGCUAGCAGGGAGCAGCUCUUGUACCUGUAUGCCAGGUACAAGCAGGUCAAAGUUGGAAAUUGUAAUACUCCUAAACCAAGCUUCUUUGAUUUUGAAGGAAAGCAAAAAUGGGAAGCAUGGAAAGCACUUGGUGAUUCAAGCCCCAAUCAAGCGAUGCAGGAGUAUAUCGCAGUGGUUAAGAAAUUAGAUCCAGGUUGGAAUCCUCAGUCACCAGAGAAGAAAGGAAAAGAAGCAAAUACUGGUUUUGGUGGGCCUGUUGUUAGUUCUCUGUAUCAUGAAGAAAUCAUCAGGGAAGAAGACAAAAACAUAUUUGAUUACUGCAGGGAAAACAACAUUGACCAUGUAACCAAAGUCAUCAAAUCGAAAAAUGUGGAUGUGAAUAUGAAAGAUGAAGAGGGAAGAGCUCUACUCCAUUGGGCAUGUGAUCGAGGACAUAAGGAACUAGUUACAGUCCUGCUACAAUAUAGAGCUGAUAUUAACUGUCAGGAUAAUGAAGGUCAGACAGCUCUACAUUAUGAAUCAGGGUGA